AGGAAUCCGAGAUAUUCACCUAAAAAUAAACUUGAGACAUACCUACAAUAAUACAACUAAACGUCACCGCCAAAUCCGUGGUAAACAGUAAACACUAAAGAAAGAACAAAACGUAACUUUGAAGUUUGAAACGCGAAGGGAGGACGGAUGAGUUUAUUUAGUGCGUUGAUGCAAUUUGUUUUCUAUUAGCAAACGCUUUCAAUUUUUUAAAUGUGGAUUAUAUAGUGUAAAUUCGAUCUAGAUUGGUGUUAUACAUUGUAAAAUAUGACAUUCGUCCAUUAGUAACAUAAUUAGAUAAUGUGUGUGUAGUGGCAGUGAUAACGUCAACGGUCAAGCUCAGCUGGUCCCGACGAGCGGUAAAAAUCUCGCGAGUUUUUCUUAGCCUUACAGGUAGCACUUUUUGUGCUCCAUUUCUUCAAGAAAAAUAAUGUAGCUUGACUUAACAGUGUCAGUUUGAAAGUGUUUAUAAGUGAUAACAAAAUGAGUGAAAUCCAAGAGACCCUACCGCCGGACUCGGCAGCUACUCCCCCCGCACCUCCGUCAUCCACGUCGUCAGACAAUGCAUCAGUAGCCAGCACAGCAACCUCCACAGUAACCAAGCCAGCUGACUCCACCAGGCCUUCGUCUUUACCCAAACCGUCAGGCUUGAAGCCACCUUCCAAGAUUGGACGGCUCUGCUCCAACUCUGCACCCAAACCUGCAGUACCCAUCUCUCCUAGAAGUGACGGCAGCUCCUCGGACACGCUAAGGAAGCUCAGCGACGAUUCUUCGAGAAAACAUUUAUCAGACUUAAUUGAAGCUGAGGAAGACGACGUCUCUAGCAGUCUGCCGGAGAGACCGCGAUCACACCGCAAGGCAUCUACCAGCAGUACAUUCAGUGUCACCUCCAUGGACGCUCUCUGGGAGAAGCACCCGCGGCGCCUCAGCGAGGCUGGCCUCAGGAGGUCAUCAGAUCAUAGUGUUGUAUUAACGGAAGAUACAGACAGUUUUAUUAUUGGCGAACGAGUCUGGGUUGGUGGCACCAAACCUGGUCAAAUUGCAUACAUUGGCGAAACACAGUUUGCCCCCGGUGAUUGGGCCGGCAUUGUGCUUGACGAACCUAUUGGUAAAAACGAUGGCUCGGUAGCCGGAGUCCGUUAUUUCCAGUGCCCUGAAAAACGCGGUGUAUUUUCUCGCCUAACCCGCUUGACGCGCGUGCCCCUGCCUACACAUGCACCUCACGAUGCGUCGCCGAUCUCCGACGCAGGUAGCGUCUUCGAACGUCCGCCAUCUGGCACACGACAGAGACGCGCACUCUCACCAAACGGUAGCAUUCGCAGUAUCGUUAGCAGUAAGAUGAAUGCAUCGGUAUCAACAACUACCAAUGGAGACGUCCGCGUGGGAGACCGUGUCAUUGUAUCCAGCAGUCGUGGAAGUAAGGCCGGCACGUUGCGCUAUGUAGGUGUUACCGAUUUCGCUACUGGUGUUUGGGCAGGCGUGGAACUCGACGACCCUCUCGGAAAAAACGACGGUUCAGUCGACGGCAAAAGGUAUUUCGAAUGUUCGCCUCGCUUCGGCCUGUUUGCGCCUGUCUCGAAAGUAUCCCGGUCGCCGUCCAACCGAAAGCCCGGUGCCUGUGCAAUCCACAGCAAUGGUCGCGCGACGCCUCUGCGGCGCUCUAACUCGCGGGAGUCGUUGACGUCCCUGGGCACGUCUAUCGCAUCGUCCCGUGUGGGGGUGAGGCUCGGGGUGACGUCGCUGGGCGCUCAGCGAGUUGGUGGGCCGCGAGCUUCCUCCACCCCGGUAUCCGCGAAGAACGCGCUGCAGGAGUUACUACGAGAGAAGCAGCAGCAUCUGGAGCGGCUGAUGCGGGAGAGAGAGUUGGAACGCGCGGAGAUGGCCAAGAUAUACCUGCAGGCUGACCGAGCGGAGAGCGCGCUCACACAACUCAAGAAGGAGGCUACGCAGGCGACUACAGAAAAUGGCAAAUUAAAAGCGGAGCUGGACAAGAUUAACAAACAGCUGGAGGAUGAGAGACAGAAAGUUGAGGAUCUCAUGUUUAGGAACGAAGAGGAAAAUAUUAAUCGGGAAGAUUAUAAUAAAUAUAAGGAUGCCAUGGAGCAAGAGAAAGCAUCUCGCGAGCAGCGCAUCUCUGAGCUGGAAGCGGAGGUGGCGCUGCAGGUGGCGCGCGCCGAGACCAGCGCCGCCGCCAUGCGCGUCAUGGACGAGCAGCGCGCCGCAGAACACGCCGCCGCACUCGAACACCACAGGGAGGAACUCAACGCUGCACACACCUUGUCAUCCGAACUGCAAAAACUAUUAGAUGAAGCUUACGCUCUCCUUAAAGAAAAAGAAAGCGAGAAAGAUUCACUCGGUAAAAGUAUGUCGGAUGAACUGGCUCGACUCAAGAUUGAUUCAGAAAAGGCACUGAACGAAGCCAAAACCAAGAUGGCCAUCGCACAGACUGAAUACGAAACACAAGUAUCCGUGUUGACCGCGAAACUGCAGUUAGCUGAAUCCAAGUUAGAAACAGAAAAGCAGAAUCUAGAAAGACUUAACAAAGAGAAUAGCCAAGUGAUUAUAGAUCUAAAUACUAAAUUAACUCAACUGCAAGCGACAGUAGAUGAUAAGACCUUAGAGUUAAAUAAAGUGAUUGGUGUGAGCAAAGAACACGAAGUGAACCUCAACAAAGAAAUCACGAAACUUAAAAUGGAGCUGAGUGCGAAGGUAUUGGAUCUGGAGCAGCUUGAAGACUCAAAGAGGAAACAAGACACAGUGUUCAAAUCCCUACAGGAUGAAAUCAGUCGAGUGCAAGAGGAGUAUAACACCAAGGUCAAUGAAUAUGAAACGCUCCUGAGUGAAGUGUCGCAACAACAUGAGAAGAACAAUACAGAAAUGUUAGGACUGAGGCAAAGUCUGUCCGCGAAAACAAAAGAAUACGAGAAGCUACUCGCCGAGCUCAGCACGUCUACAAGUUCCUCCGAAAAACUAGUGAGCGAAUACAAACAAACUAUCCACGAGAGAGAUAAGGAAAUUAUCAAACUCAAAGACGACUAUGAACAAGUAACAGCUAACUUCAACAUAAAACAUAGCAAGAUAGCAGAAGAACACAAAAAGGAGAUUGAUGACCGAAACACUAAGAUAGAACAACUCAUGAAGGAAAUCGAAAGCCACAAACAAACAUUAGAUCAAAGUAAAGUAGAAUUCGAAGCCUUGAACUCCCAAUUCAUAAUCAACGUUGAUGAGUUGAAAAUUCUCAAAGAAGAGAAUGAGAAACUUAAACAAUCCGUUAAUGAUCUGACUCAAGCCAAUAACGAAUUGAAGUCUAAAAUUUCAACACUAGAACUAGAAGUUAGCGAACACAAACGACAAUUCGAGAGCGCUAAUGAAAAGUGUGCUGAACUACUAAAAGCCAAAGAAAAAAUAGAAUCAGAAUAUAUGAAUCUUACUGGUCAGACAUCAGAUUCCAACGAACAGUUUAAUAAACUGUCGCAACAUCUUAAAGAGUCAGAAAAGGAAUUGCAAGACUUGAAGGACAAACACAGGGAAGUAGUUAACAACCAUGCGAGGGCAGAACAAGAACUAAAACAGAAAUUGUUCAAGUUACAAGAAGACUUCUCCGUAGAACGCGGACAGUUAGUCGAAUCAGUCAAUGAAAACGUUGAAAAAUUAAAAGAAGCUGAUAGCAAAGUUAAAGAAUUUGAGCUCCAAAGUACAGAAUUAAUUAAUCGUUUACGAAAUGUCCAAACUAAUAACGAUACGCUACUGGAUGAGAACGCUAUAUUAAAGAAAGAGAUAGAAGCUCUAAAAGUAAAAGAACAAGAACAAAACACUGAACAUGAAUCCAUUUGUAAGAAACUAGAAGUUGAUAUAGAUCGGUAUAAAGAAGAAAUAUCGAUUUUAAAGGCGGACGGAGCCACCUCUGAGGUUAAACUUAUGGAAAAGGUAGACCAGUUGACUGAGGCGCAAAACGAUUUGAAUAAUAAACUUGAAGAAGCCAGAAAGCAUGAAGAUAGUCUGCAGACAAUUUUAAAUGAUAUGACUGCGCAAUUAAACAGCCAAAAAUCUCAAUAUGAAAAAGAAAUAUCACAAUUGCAAAGUAAUCUGGCUAACGUCAACGAAGAAAUCAAUAAGUUUAAAACAGAAGAAGCUCGAGUGAAGGCACUGUUGGAAGAAAAACAAAACAAUGUCAAAGAUCUCACUUUAAAACUAGAAAUGCUCGAAGUUGAUUUUAAGUCUAACGUAGAAAUUAUUACCGAGAAAGAUCGCCAAAUAACACAGGUUAAUGAAGAACUCAUUAAGAUUACAGAAAGCAAAAAGCAGUUAGAAGAGAAGUUAAAUGCAGCUUCUUUAGAAAGCUCUACAUUGAAACAAAAGUAUGAAAGCCUUAUUGCCAACUCUUCCGCUGAAGAAACAGUACUGAAGGAACAACUAGCUCAAUUAGAGAUAUUGAAGAAGGAGAUGUCUACAAUAGUGCAAGAGAAGUCAGCAUUUGAACUGAAAUACAAUGAAACCGUGUCAGAGUUAGAUAAUUUAAAGAAAACCCAUGAAGAUGUCGUGGCGAAAUUAAACGAAAACCUCAAUGUUAAUAACGACUUGAAAAAAGUUUUAGAAAAGAAAGAUAAUUUACUGAAAUCUCAAACUGAGAAAAAUGAGACUGAUUUACAGAAAUUAUCGCAACUAGAAACAGACUUAGUUCAAUUAAAACAGGAGAUAUCUGAUAAAGAUAUUGCAAUCAAAGAAAAAGAAUCGCAGCUUACAAAGAUGAGUGAUGCUAUACAGUUAGGUUCUAACGAAACGCAGCAACUUGUUUCAAAACUCCAAAUAGAAAACAACCAAUUGAGUGAAGCUUACAAAAAUGAAGUCGAAUCUUUGAAGAAUAAUGCAAAAACAUUACAAAGCCAAAUAGCAGAAAAGGAUAAAGAACUCGAUGAACUUAGACAGACGAGGGAAAAACUAACAGAGUUACAGAAACUCGUUGAUAAGUCUGAACAAGAUAUUAAACAGUUGACCAACAUCAACGAUGCUCAAAAGAUUAACUACGAAGACUUAAAUAAACAAUUGCAAGCUCAGUUCGACGAAUAUAAAAAAGAUAGCAAACGUACAAGGCACGACCUUAAAAACUCAUUGAACGAAUAUGAUAAGGAACUGAAAGAAUCUAAGGAUAAAGUAGCAGCUGAAAUAGAAAAACAAAACCAACUCCAACAGAAGCUAUCUGAAGCUGAAAAUAAAAUACAGGAAUUGACGCAAAGACUGGAAUUAGUAGCAGUGCAACAAAGUAGUGACGUAGAAAAAGAUAAACAGCUAGAGAAAUUAACAGUAGAUCUACAGGUAGCUAAACAGACCUCCGCAGACGCUGUAGCUAAAAGCGAAACGUUAGUCAAAAACCUUAAAGCCGAUAUAGAGAAUAAAGUUAAAGACUUGAAACUUAAGGAAGACUUAAUAGGAAAAUUACAAGAGGAAGUCAAGAAUCAAAAAGCUAAAGUUGAAAUCGCAGAGCGUGAAAAAGUUAUUUUGCAAAAGGAACUCGUGAAGGGCAAAGAUGUACGAGACAGUAAUGCCAACAGUGGCGUGGGAGUUUUGGGACAAGGAGAUUCUGCUAAUGAAAAGACUACGGAUAAUAAAGAAAUAGAUGGGCAAGUUAGUUUCCUGAACUCUGUGAUCGUGGACAUGCAGCGCAAGAACGAGCAGCUCAUGGCGAGGGUGCAGGCGCUGGAAGUCGGUACCGUUCCUAGCGAACCAGUACUAUUUAACGGGCGCAAGGCCCGCGCGGUGGCCCCGCGGCUGUUCUGCGACAUCUGCGACGUGUUCGACGCGCACGACACGGAGGACUGCCCGCGCCAGGCCGCCGAGCUGGACGCGCCCGCGCCCAACACGCCGCGACGCAACGCGCCACCGCCCAGGCCCUACUGCGAUAUCUGUGAAGUGUUCGGCCACACCACAGAGAACUGUGAUGAGGAGGAAACCUUCUAAUUUGCCUAUUUAUUGACGAAUUAGUUUUAAUGUUACCGUUAUUGUUGUUACUCGUUUUAGUUGGGUAUUAUUUAUUAUUGUUUACCAUUCUUAUGGUAUCAGUUGUUUUAUAGUUAAUAUCUUAGGCAAAUGUUUGUAAAUAAGUACCUUUGAUCUUUUUAUUACUAAGAGAAUCAUUGCAUGUUAUAUUCUUCAUAAUUAGGUGAAUGGUUACACAUUUUUCAUAUGCAUUAUCUGGUCAUAAUGCAUACUGAGAAGUUGUAUUUUUUUUUAUUGCACAAAUUGGUCAAACAUCACAAUCAUGAUUCAACAACUCUAUUGCAACCUAUUUUAAUUUAUUAUUAAAUUGAUUAAAUGAACACCAACAUAACAGUUUUUAUAACAAUAA